AUGAGCUAUGUAAGAAGCAAAGUCUCCGCCUUUAAAACGCUGCGCACGGGCGCGUGGUCUCCAGGAAUAUUGUUCUGCGAUCAGUGUGUCAUGAGGAACACAGACAUGCGCCUUCACCUCAGAAGUUACUGCGUGUUUCUGACAGGAACACGCGCUUACAGUCGCGGGAGAGACUCUGACCCGUCAGCUUCACCCCACAGUAACCGAACCGCGUAUUACGACAUCCUGAACAUUUCCCCGAACGCGACGCAGGCGCAGAUCAAGACAGCCUAUUAUAAACAAUCCUUCAUCUAUCAUCCGGACCGAAACCGCGGCGACGAUGCCGCGCGACGCUUCGCUCUCAUCGCGGAAGCGUACAGUGUGCUCGGUAGCGUCGCCCUCAGGAGGAGAUACGACCGUGGAGUACUGACGCACACUGACGCGCAGGCCGCCGGGCGACCAUCAUCAUCACCCCGGCACCAGGUGUCUCGACGCGCGCCGGACGCUUUCGUGAACGCUCCCUUCGACUUCGACGCGUUCUACCAAGCUCACUAUGGCGAGCAGCUGCAGAGAGAGAAACAGAUGAGACACAAACGAGAAGAAUUUCAGCGUCAGCAGCGGGAAGAGUUCACGAGAUGGAAAGUGAGAAAAUUGACUGAGAUGACAGUGGGAUUUCUGCUGCUGUCCGGAGGAGUUCUCUUCAUCAACUUAAGAUCAACUUAAAUCAUCAUUGUUAUCAAAUCUCCUGAAACGAGUUGUUUUCUUCUGUAAUAUUCGAGUCACUGUCUCGUGUUGGACUAAACCUCGUUUUUUCAAAUCCAAGAAACACAUUUUAUUUGCCAGAAUGAAAAUCUUUGAUUUCU